AUGGCACCCACAGUACACUCUGCCAAAUUGACACUCUCGUGUCCGCUCUUCGCUGCGGACUUUGACCCACGCGACAACGGUCGACUCUUAGUUGGUGGCGGAGGCGGCGAGGGGCGUAGCGGAUCUCUGCUCGACACCUCAUGCCGCAACGAGAUUACUGAGGCUGUUGAAUUGAACCUAUCGCGCGAUGAAGACUCGGUAACGUCGCUGGCUGCGGCCCCGCUGGCUGGCGACGAGGCAGGCUCACUUGUUGCUCUUGCCGGUAUAAAUAGCUCCGUGGAACAACAGAAAAAGAAUAACAAUCAACAUCUUCGCGCGUUCCGGUUUGAGGUGCCGCAAAAGACCACCGCCGAAGAUAGCGGGAAGGCGAAAAAGGACACCAAGUCCGAGGAAGAGGUUAUUCCCGGAAAGGCUAGAGCUUUAUCACAAGCAUCACUCUUCCGAACGAAGAAUGGUUCAGGCUCCUCAGAUACAUAUCAGCGAGUGACAAGACUCUCGCCGUGGCCGAAAGGGAAGGAUGGCAAUGCGAAACACACUCGAAUCGGAGCUGUUGCGACUGGACUAGCACCAUCCGGUGAGAUUGUGUUCUUCCGCGCAACAGAGACGCCCAGCGAGAAGGAUGUAAUUGGGCGCAUCCAAUUAGGCGGUAAUGAAGAGGCCGAGGAUUUGGACUUUGUUAGCCUCGAACACGACUUGGAAAAGACCGACGAUGCGCACGGCCAGUUCCUUGUGGCAUACACCAACGGCGCAGACGUCAUGGCUGGCGAGAUCUCGUCCUCUAGCCGCUCCAACAGCUCCCCCGACGUCCACUCCGUUUAUACCAUUCCUCUGCCCGCUAGCGGGGUCCGCACGGCACGUCCCAAGGUCCGCGCGCUGCGAUUCCUCUCGCCCAAGACCCUGCUCCUCCUCCAAAACGCCCCAAACCGUGGUGGUAGUGAACUCGUCCUCAUUCAACUCCCCAGCACCAAAUCAAGCAAGUCCAAAAUUCUACGACGUCGCAAGCUCCCUCGAACUGUGAAGAUCGGCCUAGGGCUUGAUAUUUGCCAGCUCGGAACAAACCCGCAAGGCCAACAACAAACCGUCAUCGCAGUUAGCGGCAGCGACAACUCCAUCCCUCUAUUCACCCUCGAAUACGGACCAAACCGCGGCUACAGCAACUUCCGUCCCUACACAACCCUCCGCGAUGUGCACCCCUUCUCAAUGACAAAACUCACCUUCUCAACCUUCAUCGCGCCCGCGCACCCUGUAACCCCAGACGUCGGCCCGCAGAACAUAAAGCUUGCCUCUGUCAGCAUGGGCAACACAGUCGUUGUGCACACAUUCCCACUAUCCCCCUUCCCAACCUCCUCCCGCACCCCACGCUACGUCCUCGUCACCCCAGGCCCCGCCGAGAUCUGGGAACUAGUCUACAGCAUCAUCAUCCUACUAUUCUCCAUAUCGGCAAUCUGUCUGGCAAUGCUCGCCUUCUCCGAGAUCCGUGGCGGAACCCCGCCUAUCCUCGGCGCCACAGAAUGGCUCCCAGACAGCAUCCGCGGAGCUAUCGCACGGGAAUACGUUCUCCCCCCACGGGAUAAGCUAACGUAUUUCGAUACACUUCUCGUGCCGCGUGGAAGCGAUACCGAUAUCCCAGUGGCGACCAUUGUCCCCACAGACUCGCAGAUCGAAUCCCUCCGCGAAAUCCUGGACCGCGUACACCGUGCCGGCGCCGCGCCAGCUGAUCUGGAACCCGUUGCGCCGCAGUCCCUCUCUGUUAUCGUGCGAUGCGGCGCAGGACAUGAUGCUGAGCAGAGCGUGAUUAUCGAGACUGCUGCGGCUGCGUCUGAGGAAGAGAAGUUGAAGGCUUGGAAGGAUCUUUCUACGUCUGAGCAGAGUGUUUGGAAACAGAGGCUAGUUGAUGCGGGACGUUGGACGGUUUCUGAGGGAGAGAGUGUCCUUAUUGGAGUUUUGUUUGGUGAGGCUUGUGGGGGUUUGGGGAGGGCUGUGAGGAAUGAGUUGCCUUGA